AUGGCACCAAUUUGUGAGGGUAACACCCAGAAUAAGUUAAUCGAUUGUGACGGUGGUUUCUGUGGUUAUUACAAAAGUCAACGAGCGAACGGUGAGUUGGUUGAAGGUGUCGAUGUGGAGUGCUCACCGCAAUCGGAUGUUUUCGCACCGUUCGAUGGUGAACUGUAUUUCUGGCGACCAUUCGGCAAUCGAGCGGAUCACCAAUGUGCCGAUGAAGGGGUUCGUAUUGAGGGUACAGGUCAAUGGCAAGGUUAUCACGUUCAUAUUUCGUCGAUAGCAUUGGAUUUAUACGGAGGCAAAGUGCGGAAAGGUGAAAAAAUUGGCACCGCAAAAGACCGACGCUGUGUUGAUGGUAUUGACGGAGAUCCGUAUCUGAGAUUCCAACUUUACAACAAGGGACGUGCCAUCGAUCCCACCUAUCAUCUUCAAGAAUGUAUGUGCACUGGGCAAAUUUGUGAAUCGAACCGACACAACCAUCUCUUGGGACCACCGUUUAAACAUGACAGCAGAUACAAUGGUGUUCGUGGUUGGGAUAUUAAAUGUCCAAUGGUCAGCGAUGAAGGAACUUCGGGUGCCAGAUAUCGCGACAAGGUUAUUGGACGUCAACGUGUUGUACAAGGUGAACCGAUUGCGACACGUCUUGACUGCGAGAACUCACCAGAUUCUAUUUUUAUGGAGGUACGCUAUCGAGGUGAUGUGGUGAAUAUAUCGGAUAUGAUUUCGGGAAGUUCUUGCAAGAAACCUGAUUUCCCACCGCACUGA